AAUGCACUUCCCUCCCUGCAUCCCUCCCAGGGUUCUUUCUUGGUCCUUCAGGCCGUGGCUCAGGCUCUGGUGGCUUGCGGAGCACCCAAAGGAUCCAUCGUCACCGUGGGCAGCAUCGUGGGAAAGGUGGGAAACAUCGGACAGGCCAAUUACUCCGCCUCUAAAGCAGGAGUGGAGGGUUUGACCAGGACCGCGGCCAAAGAGCUCAGCAGGUUUGGCAUUCGGUGUAAUUGUGUGCUGCCAGGUUUCAUAUCCACUCCGAUGACGGAUAAAGUUCCAGAGAAAGUUAUUAGCAGGAUGAAAUCCUUGGUGCCUCUGGGAAGAAUGGGUGAGCCUGCAGAGGUCGCUGAUGUCUGUGCCUUCCUCGCCUCAGAUGACUCUCGAUACAUCACCGGAGUCAGCCUGGAAGUGACAGGUGGACUCUUCAUUGGAUAAAUGGACUGUCUGUCACACCGAUGAAGACCAAUGGGAGGCCAGUUUCUUCGUAGUUCAUUUAAAUGUUGAAAAUUAUACUACUUUGAUAAUUAUGUUUUGAAAUUGUGGUUGUGCCAAUAAACACCUGUUUGUAAUAUUUCUGUACAGAAUGUUGUAUUUUGAUUUGAAAGAUCUGAAUAAAGUGUUUAACUAAA